AUGGUCCUGAAGGCUAUCCGUAAGGAAUAUCACGUGUGCAUAUGCAGAGAUGUGCAAAAUGCUAAGGUGAGGCCGCUUCAGAAAACUCUCACAGCUGGGAGCUUUCCCAGACCUAAAACUUCCUCUAAAUUGAAGCGGGAGCAUGAAGUUGAAUUAACUGGAGUCUUACCUUUAUGGGGUGUCCUGCGUGUGCUUCGCAGAGCCACUGUUUUUACAAAUUGCUUCUUUGAAGCUUGCCAGAUGGGCGCCUUGUCACCCUCGGCAUCCCCCAGUGCAGCCCAGAGGAAGGGGUUUCCGGGGGGCUCAGCUACUAUGAAGGACCUGAGAGCAGAAGAGCACCAGCUGGUGGUGGCUCUCCGUAUUCGCCCCAUCAACGAAGCCGAGGUGGAGGAAGGUGCGACUGUCAUUGCUCACAGAAUGGGGGAGCAGAUGGUGGUUCUGAUGGAUCCAAUGGAACAUCCAGAGGAUAUCUUGCGUGCCAACCGGUCGAGGGAGAAAACAUUUAUUUUUGACAUGGUUUUUGGUCCUCGGGCAACACAGGAGGAGGUGUAUUUGUCCACCAUGAAAUACCUCAUAGAAGGUGUCAUCUCAGGAUACAAUGCAACUAUUUUUGCAUAUGGUCCCACAGGGGCCGGGAAAACCUACACUAUGCUGGGGAUGGAUUCAGAACCUGGAAUUUACAUCCGUACCCUCAAUGAUCUCUUUCAAGCCAUUGAGGCCACAGGAGAUGACAAGGGUUAUCUGGUCUACAUGUCGUACCUGGAGAUUUAUAAUGAAGUUAUCCGGGACCUCCUGAAUCCAUCCACGGGCUAUCUUGAGCUGAGAGAAGAUUCCAAAGGGUGCAUUCAGAUUGCAGGAAUAACAGAAGUCUCAACCAUGAAUGCACAGGAAAUUAUGCAGUUGUUGACCAAAGGGAACAAGGAACGCACGCAGGAGCCCACCGCUGCCAACAAGACCUCUUCACGGUCACACGCUGUCCUGCAAGUGUCUGUGAAGCAGACCAGCCGAGUGAAAGACAUCAGCGAGGAAGUCUGUGUUGGGAGGCUCUUCAUGAUUGACCUGGCUGGAUCAGAAAGGGCUGCUCAGACACAAAAUCAGGGCAAAAGGAUGAAGGAGGGGGCCCACAUCAACCGGUCACUCCUCGCUCUGGGGAACUGCAUCAAUGCGCUGAGCGAAAAGGGGGGCAGCCGGACCCAAUACAUCAAUUUCCGAGACAGCAAGCUUACCCGUUUGUUGAAGGACUCCCUGGGAGGCAACAGCAGAACGGUUAUGAUUGCCCACAUCAGCCCAGCCAGCACCUACUUUGAAGAAUCUCGGACAACUUUGAUGUAUGCCAGUCGAGCCAAAAACAUCAAAACAAGGGUAAAGCGUAACCUUCUCAAUGUCUCCUACCACAUCUCUCAGUACACCAGCAUCAUUUCGGACCUGCGGCGUGAGAUUGAAUGCUUGAAGGCUAAGGUUGAAAACCAGGAGAAGGAGAAACAUCUCCUGAAAUCUGGCGCCAAAGAUGCACAAGACCAAGGGGAGGCUGCCCUGGACUUUGAGGAGUACGGCCAUCAACAGCUGCAGAAAUUACGGAAGCAACUGGUGGGUGCCUUCAAGGAACAGAUGGAUAUGCGACGCAGCUUAAUGGAGCUGGAGAACACCAACAUGGAACUCCAUGUGGAUACCUCCAGGCACCUUCUCAUGAUUGCAGACUGGGAACGAGAGAGAGUUUAUCAAGCUGGCCAAAGAGCCAACACGCAUCAUCCAAGCGAAAAGGAAGACGAGGAGGCUGACCAGGAAGAUUCUCUGGAGCCUGUGCAGGUCACAAUUGCCAGGGAAGAGAUAAACACACUGGUGGCAGAGCAACGGAAAACAGGGGCCGUAAAGGCCAACCUGGAGCAGAGGUUGGCGAAUGCCAAGAAGAAAGUUUCCCAGAUGGCGAAGCUCCUGCCAGAACAGGCCACCAGCAAGGACCAACGGGAAGUUCUAAGGCUCUUGUGCAGGACCCACGAGCUGGAGGUGGAGCACACCGAGCUUCAGGCCAACGCUUUGUACGGAGAGAACCUCCUCUGCCAGAAGGGUUUCGCCAUCCAGUGCCACCAGCAGUACCGGGAUCUCUGCGAAGAGCUUAUUCGGCAGCAGCGGGCACUGAUCAAAGACCACAAUAUUCCAGUCCCAGGACCGCUAGAAAAACUGUACCACCUGUAUUUCCAUGAGUUAGAGGAAGGGACUCUGGAUCACCUGCUCAGGCUUCACUCACCGAUGUCCAGUGCGUGGCAGGUAAGGCAGAAUUCUCCGCUAUUUCUUUGA